AACAUGCAUGAAGACUCAUCGAAACCCGUUUGUUGAGAACAAAGGAUAAAAAAUAAAUAAAAAAAUCAAUCAUGAACGACAUUCUAGCCAAUUAAGGAUUAAUUUUAAGUAGAAAAAAAAAGUGAUUUCUAAUGUGAUUGAAAUACUAAAUAGCAAAAAUUUAUAAUAAAUUGUGAGCUCUACAAUAAGAGAAAGAAUGCAACAAACAAACGGUGUAACCUCGGUUAUGAGUCAGGAGCAGAGUGAUUUAGUUACAUCUGUGACAAUAUCCACUGACAAGAAAGACGCGAUGAAGAAUGGAAAAAGUGUUAUUAUCAAUAACAA